CUCUCUCUGUUGCAGCAUCACCUCCCUCCAAGCAGAGAAAAAUGUCCUGCUACGACCUGUGCCCCACCACCCCGAGCAUCUCCUGCCCCCAGCCCGUGGCCAACAGCUGCAACGAGCCGUGCGUGCGGCAGUGCCCCGACUCCACCGCGCUCAUCCAGCCGCCCCCCGUGGUGGUCACCUUCCCCGGGCCCAUCCUCAGCUCCUUCCCCCAGCAAGCCGUGGUGGGAUCCUCGGGGGCACCCGCCUUCGGGGGCUCCCUGGGGCUGGGGGGGCUCUACGGGGGCUCCCUGGGAUACGGAGCCCAGUAUGGAUACGGGUCCCAGUACGGAUACGGGAGCCCGGCUCUGGCCGCGCUGGGCAGCAGCUCCUGCGGCCCCUUCUCGUCCCGCCGCUUCAGCCGCGUCCUCCGCAACGUCUGCGGGCCCUGCUGAGCCCCCGGAGCCCCACUGAUGACCCCAAACCAGAGCAAUGAGGGCGAGGGCUCGGCCUUUUCCCGCAGCCCCGCCGCGGAGCUCCCGCCCCUUCGCCUUUCUCGUCUCCCUCCUGCUCUUUGGCCGCCCCUCGGCGUCUCCUUGUUGCUGUUGUUGCCUGUUCCAGCCUUCCUGAUUUUUUGAACCAUCCUGGGGCGCUUAUUUCCUGUGGACACCACCCACAGCAUCUUCAGCAGCAGCUGCACAACAGCCAGAAGGAGCGGGCUGAGGACGGGGAUGUCUCAGAGCAGGACAUUUGUUGAUCGUGCCCUGGAAUUGUCUGGAAGGGGUUUUUCGUGCUCUUGCUUUGCAAACAGGCAUUUCUUGCUCAUUAAAACUUGUUGCAUCACACGGCAGCCUCUGGUUUUCCCCUUCUUCCCUUCAGCCACAGCCUGUCCCGGGUGGGACCCUCCCAAAAGUCAGGACCGAGGUGCUCCCCGGGCAGUGGAACCCCAAAACCCUUCAGCACUGAUUUUACAGGGUGUGAAAACCUUCCUGGGGUGAAACUCCUGAGUAGCAGCUUUCCAUCCUUUGAAGAUAUCAAAGGUUUGAAAUGACAGAAUCCCAGAAUCACUGAGGCUGGAAAAACCCUUCAAGAUCAUCAGGUCCAACCUUUGACCCAUCUCCACCUUGUCCCAAAUCAUUCCUGGACCAACAGUGUCUUAACUCCUGUUAUUUAAACAUGAUUUCAGUGGGGCCUUCCCAAACAGCCUCUGAAAAUGAGAUUAUUGGUCAAAUUGACAUGUUUUCAGGGAGUUCUGAUUUUUGGUGAGUUCUGAUUUUGGGUGGAGGGUGAUGCAUGGGACGGGCAGAGUACACAGGACGUGGGUUAUUUUACAGGUCAGGGAAUUAUGGAGUCGAGGAAUGGUUUGGAUUGGAAAGGGCCUCCAAAGUCCAUCUAGUCCAACCCCUCUGCCACGGGCCUGAUCCUUCACUAGACCAGGCUGCUCAAAAACCAGCUCCAAACAACUUCCAAACACUUCCAAAAAUCCCCAAAGGAUUCCAGACAUGGUUUACUAAAUUAUUGUUUUCUAAGUUAAAGGGGAGAAAGAGCUUAAAAAAAAAAUCGUUUUUUCAGGUGAGUCUGAUCAAGCCUUUAAUUAGAAACACCUGAAACUAAUGAAGCUCCUCC